AUGUCUAAUCAAAAUGAAGAUUCAAGUGCUCAAGAUGUCCCUCAUAUUGAGAGUUCAGAAUCUGAACAUUCAUAUAGUGAUUUUGAUGAUGAAAGUCGUGAGACUGAUGAGGAAAGCGAGGAGGAGAUUGGCAAUGUCAGUGAAUGUGUAUACCCCAAUGUUCCUGCACCCAAAGUUGUUACCUCCCCUAAUGGUGUUAAAGUUUGGAUUCCAUCGUGUGAUGAUGUUUAUAAACCACGAACAAAUCAGCACUUUCAAACUAUAGAAGAUGCAUUUCUAUUUUAUCGGGAAUAUGGGCGUCAAGGUGGAUUUGAUGUUCGCAAGUCCGGGCAAAAAUCCAAUAGAAGAGGCAAUGUGGUGUCCAAAGUCAUUCAAUGUGCUUGUAGUGGCUCUCCUACUCCUAGCAAAUCAAAAGCUAAAAAUGAUAUGGCUGGAGAUAGUGUUCAGAUUAGAAGAACUACGUCCCGUAGAUGUCUAUGUCAAGCUCACAUUGUACUGAAAGCCACUGGUCUUAGGGGUUUUGUUGUCAUGGGUUUUGUGGAAGAUCAUAAUCAUCCCUUAGCAAUUGGAUCGGAAAAUAUGUUUUUGAGAUGUAACCGUAGUGUAUCCAAAAUUCAUCAAAAUUUUAUUAUGGAUUGUUCUCGAGCAAAGAUUGGUGCAACACGAGUGUAUAAUAUAGCCAAGGAGAUGGUUGGGUCGUAUGAGAACAUUGGUGCCACGGUUUCGGACUUCAAAAAUUUUUCAAGAGAUAUUAAACUUGGGAUUGGAGAAAAUGAUGCUAGUUUGAUACUUGACAAAUUUAAAGUGCGAAGGAAGGCAUCUAGUAAUAAGUUUUUUUAUGAAUACAAGAUGGAUCGAGAAGGACACUUGACUGGCCUUUUUUGGACGGAUGCAAUUGGUCAAGCUAAUUAUGAGAUUUUCGGUGACAUUGUUUCAUUUGAUCCAACGUUCCGCACAAACAAGUAA